AUGUCGCCGGCACUUAAUGACGAGCUGAAAAGCUCUAAGAAGCGGAAAAAGAACGAUACGGACUCUACUCGCCGGUCAAUGAAAUGGAGAGCAGUGGAAGAGGAGAGCGGCAGAUCGGAAGCAGAGCAUAUCCAAGAGCUGGAAGAUCAGAUUGCUGAAUCUCGGAAAUAUUAUAAUAAUAUAGUGACUCUACUUGCAAAACUUGACGAUGCGGACUCGGAUAAAGCCAACAGGAAGGCUGUUGCGAUUUCUCUUUGCAGGGUUUUCUGUCGGCUAUUGGCUGGUGGGCAUAUGAAUAUGCCCAAGGACGCAAUGGAGCAAGACUUGAUAUUGGUCGCAUGGUUGAAAGAGAGAUACCAGGAAUACCAGCAAGCCUUACUUACGGUCCUAAAUAACGGAGGGUCAUCGCAACAGCUUGCAACUCUCAGCUUGGCCAUGCAACUGAUAAAAGAACAUACCGCGUACCUACCCGCAUCAGAAUAUCCAGUAUGGAACGGAGGUUUCUUCGACGAUGUACUAGCUGCCGUUAUCAAACCCGGCAAUGAUAAAGUCGGUGCGCAUUUCACCGAGAACUUUUUCCAGAAAUACCAUGAUAUCACAGUCUAUACCGUCUUACGACUUGCAAACUACCUGUCCAAGCAAAGAAACGCAGAAACACUAGAUAAUAUAAUCGAGCUGCUUUCUAACCUUGGCGAGCCCACGGAACUCCAGGAGCGUUUCGAGAACACAUACACAGACACGUCGAAGACAAGUCAAAAGAACAAAGGCCCAUUCACGUCCGAGAACGCAUUUAAAAUCCGCGUGCAGACCACCUGGCUUGCAGUGCUACGGAACGAAAUGACUAAAUCCCAGCGAAAACACCUGCUACGCAUCAUGUCGCAUGUCGUCGUACCUUGGUUCGCAAAGCCAGAACUCCUCAUGGACUUUUUAACAGACUGCUAUGACGAAGGCGGAUCGAUAUCUCUCCUUUCCCUAUCCGGUCUUUUCUACCUGAUACAGGAGAAGAACCUAGAUUAUCCGCAGUUCUACACGAAACUAUACUCCCUUCUUGAUCGGGACAUGUUACAUUCGAAACACCGCUCGCGUUUCUUCCGGUUACUAGAUACCUUUCUAGCAUCUUCCCAUCUGCCCGCCACGAUGGUAGCGAGCUUUAUUAAACGGUUAUCGCGACUAGCGCUCAACGCACCUCCUUCGGCCAUCGUGGUGAUCGUUCCAUGGAUGUAUAACAUGCUCAAAUCACAUCCUACAUGCACGUUUAUGAUACAUCGGGAUCUAAAGAAGCAUAACACAUCGUUAUAUGAGGAGAUAGAGGAGCAGGGUAUGGAUGAUCCGUUUGAUGCCCUUGAGCCAAACCCCACCCUUACGAACGCUAUCGAUAGCAGUCUGUGGGAGAUUGAGACGUUACAGUCUCAUUAUCACCCGAACACCGCGGCGUUGGCUAAGAUAAUAUCUGAACAGUUCACGAAACAGCAAUAUAACGUCGAGGACUUUUUGGAUCUUUCCUAUCAGGCUCUGUUGAGUACGGAGUUGGGCAAGGAGGAGAAGGCGCUGAAGAAGAUUCCUGUGGUGGAGUUUCAGAUUCCGAAGAGGAUAUUCACUGACCGUGGACUGGAAGGGAGAGAGGAGGAUACUGAGCCAGGGUCUUUGGUUCGGAGGUUGUGGGACUUUAAUUAG